AUGGCAGGAUUUAUACAAAAUAAAAAUGCUCGCAAGGUUUCUUACCUUGCAUUACAUUCUCUCCAACCAAGAGCCUUUUUCCAAUAUUCACAGAAAAGAGCAAAACAAGUUAAGCUUGCGUGCAAGCUCCCUACGCAUACUUCCUCAUUUAAUUAUCAUCAUUUAGAUUCAUUAAAGGUGAGCAUCAAACCAGCUCUAGCCGAGAACUUUGUAAUACCUAAAGAUGCUGAAGACACCGACUUGGAACAGUAUGUUGCUUCUCACGUCAAUUAUGGUGUUCUUGGUACUAAAACUUUCGAUAUUCUCAACUUUGAAUGCAUUUCGGAUCCUGGAGUUUGGACAUUCAUUACCAAAUUAAAUGAAGUUGUGAGAGAUAGUUCUAAAAAGUUAGGCAAAAACGAAACUCUUACCUACUCACUUUUAAAUGACCUUCUUCGUAUCGUUAAGUUAAAUACUUUCCCUUUAAUUAUCAGAAAUACACCGAUAUGCGAAUUAUUUGUCGGGGAUCAUUGUGUGAUAGCAAAACCUAAAUUCUUAAUUAAGUCACAAGACAAUGUUUUGGUUGCAGUAGAAGACAGCCACCUGAAUAUUGUCAGGCCAGGCAAUGGAUUCGGGGAACCACAACUCGCUAUAGAAAUUCUAUCAAGCGAAGGUGAAAAUUCACGUCCUUAUUAUGAUGAAAAACUGGGUUAUUAUAAAGAUCAGACCGUAUUUUCCAUUCAUGUCAUUUCAACACAUGUCACAUUUUAUAAAGCUGUGAUCCCUGCUAGAUAUUGGAACGAGCUUGAAAAUGGCUAUCCGGAAAACAGUCAAUUGAAAUUCUAA